AUGUUUGGAUUUUCAAAAUAUUUCGGUUUGAGAGGCAGGGCUCUCAACCUUGCUAUCAGCUCUCUUGGGAGUCUUGAUUUCCUACUAUUUGGAUACGAUCAAGGAAUAACAGGUGGUCUCCUAGACCUACCGUCCUUUAUCAAGUACUUCCCAGAAAUCAAUCCAGAUGACCCACUCAUUGCAGACUCCCCGUCUAUCAAAUCGCAACGCAGUCUGAAUCAAGGCAUCUCUGUCGCCUCGUAUAACUUGGGUUGCUUCUGUGGAGCCAUAUUGACGAUAUUCAUUGGAAAUCCCCUUGGUCGACGACGAACUAUUUUCUGUGGCUGCUGUAUUAUGGCCACAGGAGCACUCCUACAGUGUACUGCGUACCACCUACCACACUUCAUUGUGGGUCGCAUUGUGACCGGAAUUGGAAAUGGAAUGAACACAAGUACAGUGCCUACAUGGCAGUCGGAAUCAUCAAAGGCCCAUGAUCGUGGAAAGAUGGUCAUGAUUGAGGGUAUGCUAAUCACGGCUGGAAUUACUCUGAGCUACUGGAUCAACUAUGGAAUGGCAUUCAUUGGAGAGUCUGAGGUGGCCUGGAGAUUUCCCCUCGCCUUUCAGAUCACCUUUGCAAUAAUCAUUUUCACCUCUAUCCUCAACUUACCUGAGUCUCCCCGAUGGCUUGUGAUGCAAGGCCGAGAUGAUGAAGCCUUGGAUAUCCUUGAAUGUCUCAAUGAGACGCCGAAAGAUGACCCCUAUAUCCAAGAUGAACUACUACAUAUUAAGAAAACAGUCAAGGAAAUGUCCAAGGGCUCAUAUAAAAGUCUUUUUAAAAUGAGCGAAUACCGAGAGUUUCAUCGAGUUGCUCUUGCUUACAUCAAUCAAAUGUUCCAACAGAUUUCUGGAAUCAAUCUGAUUACUUACUAUGCACCUUCAUUAUAUAAGGAGAUUGGUCUUGGAAAGGGAAAUACUCCCAAAUUGCUAGCUGCAUGCAAUGGUACAGAAUAUUUGAUGGCAGCAAUUAUUCCAAUUUUCAUUAUCGAAAAAGUUGGACGUCGCCCACUCAUGCUUUUUGGGGCUGCUGGAAUGUCAAUUUCGAUGGCCGUCUUGGCGGGUACCAAUUAUCGAUUGACUCAUCUAAAUGAUAGCCAAGCUGGUAUCGGACAGGCUGUCUUCCUUUUCGUAUUCAACACGUUCUUUGCCAUUGGCUGGCUUGGAAUGACAUGGUUGUACCCAGCAGAGAUUGUGCCCCUUCGGAUUCGGGCACCUACCAAUGCGCUAGCCACAAGUGCCAAUUGGAUCUUCAAUUUCAUGGUCGUGAUGAUCACUCCCGUCGCAUUCAACAGUAUCGGAUAUAAGACCUACAUCAUUUUUGCGGUCAUAAAUGCCUUUAUCUUCCCCGUUGUCUACUUUUUCUUCCCAGAAACGCGAUAUCGCUCACUCGAAGAGAUGGACACCAUCUUCAAGAAAUCUACCAACGUUUUUAAUGCUGUGACUAUCUCUAUCAAGGAGCCGUAUCGCUACGACAAGCAUGGUCAGCUUAAGCCGGAGUAUUUGGAGGAAGCUAUUUGCCGUGUGAGCGUCCAUGAAGCGGGUGAGAAAGUUGAGAGUGAGGAAAGCCCAUAG